GCAACCGGCGCGUCCCCGCCUACCAAUCGGCAUGCUCGGCUCAGGCUCGGCGCCGUGUGCCGUGCUCUCCCGCUAUGAGCAGCAGCAACCGCAGCGGCCGCGCCACGCUUCUUGCCAGUGAUGGCCUGUGCUGAGCAGCUUUGCGCAUAAGGCAACACACCCACCUUUGCCCUCCCGCCCAGACGUGAGCCACUAUGUACAGCGUGGAGGACCUGCUCAUCUCGCACGGAUACAAGCUGGCCAGGACCGGCCCCCCGUCGGCCACGCCUUACGACAAGCGGCCCACCGAUUGCCAGCGCGAGCUGCUGGACAACAGGGCGGUGGGACGGGGGGCGCUCAACGGCUACGAGACGGAGCGCGGGGCCUCGGUGGCCGGCGGGAUGUACAACAGCAGGCCAGCGCCGCUGAAGGGUUACCACGGCGUGGACAACGAGGGCGGCGACAGGAGGAGAAAGGAGGCCUGCGUCGGUAUCCUAGGCGACGCUCAGCCCCUGGGUGAUUCUCUGGCUACAGAUAGUGGUUUCUACGAUGUCCCAAGUUUGACCUACUCAGAGCCGCUAAGUCAUGAAGAGCGGGACAUUUCAUACUGGCGGAGACGAGGCCAAGACUUCAGCAUUCUCCUGGACUAUGCCGACGGCAGGGAGCUGAGGGCUUCUGCAGGCGCAUGGAGACCACAAGCCCUCAUAGCAGCGGAGGAACUCAGGGCAGAGAGGCAAGCGCAGCAGCUUUGGGAGGAAAUUUCUUGGCUGAGGGACCAAGAUGCCCCUGGUCAGUUGAGGGUGACCGGGGAGCGGAAGUGUCAGAGCCUCGGUACAGAAGAGUGGAGGCCCGCCGUGGGCCUGGGGAGGCAGUUGUCAGAUGGGGAUGGGGAGAGGUGGGCUCAAGACCAUUAUCGCCUGAGGACACCUGAGGGUUUUUUUCACCCUAGAACAAAAGCAAAGUCUCAAUCUCUCCCCAGAGUUUUGUCGCCCGAUGGGACACACAGCAGAGAGCUUAUUCCAUCUAGACCAAGCCUACCGGACAGACCACCAAGGCUAAACAGCACUGUUUUCUCUGGGCCCUAUAGUAGGUAUAUAUAUAGUGGUGCUGUUGGCAGGGACCGGUGGGGCAGGAAUGCUGGGCCAAGCAGCCAUGUUGCACUUUUACCAAAGCCCAGGUUCAGCAGGCCUUUAAAGCCUCCAUCUUAUGAGAUUCACCAGCAGACUAGGGGUAGCGCAGAGAUGCUUGCUAUAGACCAGGGUCUUAAGUUGAAAGAUAGGCCUAUCUAUUAUUCAAGGGGUGGGGAGCUGCGACAUGACUAUUUUGCACAACAUUCUCUCACUGGUAUGGAGCCCCCGGGGUACAUCCCACCUCCUUCUUAUAAAAGAACCCUACCCCCAAGAAGUCUUUCAAUCAAUCGCAAUGAAAUGGUCAGCUUUAGGUGGAGGGCAGAUUCUUUGCAGCCCAGCUCAGAUCCUGGAAGGUGGCUAACAAGGCAGACAGGCGAUUCAUGGCUGGAACACUAUGGAGAUCGUGGGGCAUCCUAUCGAAAGCAGGUACCUUCUGGGCAUGAAGAGCAACCAACUCAAGUUCGGCAACUAUCCGCAGAAGAACCACGAGUGAAGCAAAUCUCAGGAGGGCCCGGCGGAAAUUCUCUAACUGACUCAGACAAGAUUCGCAACAUCAACAAAGAGAUUCCGUCUGUUAAGAAUUUAGGACAAUCUACACAUGAUAGUGCCUUUCCUCCCCAGCAGGGGCAAGCUCUGAACACCGGUCGCAAAACGGCAACCCUUACUGAAAGUGACAGUAAUAAUCGAUGGUGCAACAGGGGACUGAACAAAAAAAGUGAGAGUGUCGGUCCAGAACAAAGUCGUAGUCAGUUUUUUCCUUCAUCUAUUCUGGGUAAACCACCGCCUCCCCCAUGCAAGCCUCCUGACCAGGCUGUCUCUGAAACUGUGGCAGAAGUGAAGAAAGUCGAACAGUCUGAACCACCAGAGAAGGACAAGUCCAAGAAUCUAAAAAAGCGACUGAGUGAGACUAUUUUUUGUUUGGUUUCUGUUCCUGUGACCCCUCAGCUCACUGGUACAAUCCGUGAUCAGAAUAACAAUAAUGAGAAGUCACCAGACCCAGCUGACAGUCCCAGUGAAAACAAAACUGGCCAUUUGACGAACCAAAGUCUCCAAAGCACAUCAUCAGCUGAGGCCGAGCUGCAAGCACUCACUGGAAGCAUAGCGAGUAGCAAAACCAGCAGCAGAGCAAGCAGUAAAAUGUUCAAGAAAUUACCCUGUAGACCCCCUAAAAUAAAUCAUUACAAGGAGUUGAAAUUGUCAGGAUCCUGGCCUGCAAAUCAGUAUCACGACCAAGAGACACAAACUAGCCCAGAGGCUGAAAAACCUGCCCCUGAAAACAAGGAAGCACAAGAAGAUGCCACCCCUGCUGCUAAUGAAGUCCAUGCUGAUGGUGGCAGUGCAGUGGGCACUGGCUUCAGUUUCCCGAUCAAGGGAGUGAAGAGCCUAAAACUUUCAAGCAACAGCGCCUUCUCCCUAACCACCACCUUCUCCAACCAGCUGAACAAGAGCACAGCUCAGCCACCAGCAGUGCCACCCUCAGGAAAUGCAGAGUCCAAACCAGCACCAAGCAGUGGGCAGGAGGUGUUUGAAGUUCCUGAGUUCCUGCUGAAACCGAUAGCCAGCCAGCGACCAUGGGAUGCUGUCAAAGAGCUGGAGGCCAUCCAGAGAGAAGUCCAGGAUCAGAAGCAGCAGCAGCAGCCAGAGAGCAGCAAACAGCCCAGUGUUGACAAGUGUAUUGAGGACCUCAACGAGGCAUAUAAAGACAUCUUGGAACUAGGUGCUGCCAGCAAUAAAGUCCCCAGUGGUUCUGUUGAAAUCCCAGAGCGUAUCAAAAUCCGGCUGACAUCCCAGCCUCUCAACAAACCCAGCAGCCUUAGGCGCAGCGCAGUGAGCUGGUCUGUUGAUCCAGACUACAGGGAAGUCAAAAGCGCCUUCUCCAGGCCUGCAACAAAGUCAGUUACAUUCAGCAAGCAGCUUAGGGAGGAGCUCCCUGUGCCACCUCGGGAGUCAGGCUUUCGAGAAUACAGGGUUGUUCCGCAUCUUUUGCGUAGACGUAGCAAUGACGGCAGGACGGUGAAACUGGACCUACCAGAUGAACCCAUUGAGACACCACUCUGCGACUUUAGCCCAACAACGCGCAACGCAGCAGCAGAGGUGCCGUGGGCGGACAGACAGCCCAUGCAAGAUGCCUCCACACUCACGAGUCCUCCUGACUACGAGGACAUAUGUCAGACUUUGCGGCAGUCUCGGGAUUCAGGGGAAGCCAAUAAAGUCUCAGAACAUCCUAACGACCAAGCUCCUCCACAAGACCUUGACACGGAGGAGGAGUGUCCUAUUUGCAAACGAGAGAUGGAGAACCAGUUGAGACAAGGACCGUUGCCCCCACUCCAUGAGGAGAACAGCUCGGAUAGCUCAGUCAAUCCAAAUGGAAGUCCACCACAGUGCGCUGCAGUGGAAAGUCCGUCAGAGAUGACAAGGAAUCAGGAACCACAUAACUCAAGUUUAAAUGUGACAGGAUCCGACUUGAGAACUGAUGCAAGGAAGCAGGAUUCAUCAACACAAGACAAUUUGGAUGGGGUUGAAAAAACUGCAGAGGCACAAAAUAUUGAUCAUUCUAUGUUAGUGACUGGUGAGCUGGCAAAGGAACAGGCUGUGUCAGAAAAGGCACAGAAAGAAAUCUUUGAAGUAAAAACAUCAGAAUGUUUGGAAGGUGAAGGUGAACAAGGAUGUGAGGUUCAAACCAACACAGUGUCUGACGACAAGCAGGAGCAAGACAGGAGGCCAUUUGCUGUCCCAGAACAUAGACUUGUUCUAUGGACCCAUCCAGGCCGAGACCACCCAGGGUUGCCAGAGUUUCCACCUGAGCGACUACCACUUUCAGUCGUCCCAAAGCUAGACCGCAGGCUGUCUCUUAGCUUGGAGGGGGAGAGGAAUUGCAAGCCCCCCCCUGAUCGAAUUGAAGCUUUGCAGAAUAAGCUAGCUAUUUCUCCAGGCCGGGUGGCCGUGGAGCGCCUGGGUAGAAUGCGGGAGGUGGACGUCAUGUAUCGCAUGAGGCGCCUCAGCAUCAGGAGUACUGACUCUGGGGAGGGGGAGGCAGAUGGGGAGGGUGAGGACUCCGAGGAUCUCCUCAAUGCUUCUCAGAGAGGCAAGGAGAAUGAGGAGAUCACCCAAUCUCAGCAGGACUCUGUGGAAACUGCACAGCAAGAUGACAAGUCUUCUCUCAGAACACCAUGACCCCCAACCUCCCAGCGGAGACAGUGUAGAAAGACUGCGUCCAUCGUGUCCAUCUUGAGGUUUAGCGCUGCAACACUGUGAACUGGCUGCCUAACUAGAAUGCCUUCAUCUCAUCUUGACACUGAAAUGGCCUUCUUGUCCGACGAGAGCAUUGUGUACACCCUCACCCUCGGCUUGACUUCUAAGAGUGCUGUUCCACUGCCAAAGGGAGGUGCCAGCCCUGAACCCCCCCAUCAUUGACCAAACUUGGUGAGUCCUCUUGUAGCGACCUCUUCUCUUCCCGAUGCUUUUUCUCAUUGGCAGACAUUAUGCAACUCAUCUUAGCAUAAGGCGAAUACACUCCUUGUUUACGGACGAGCCGCACAUCAUGAAUGUACGUAUAAUUUUGAGGGUUUUGUUAUUAUUUGCUGUAUUCAAAAACGACACCAAAAUAAACUGCGUGGUUGUGACUGUGGUGGUUUCAGAAUCGCCGUGUUCGGCUCGAGAACUGUUUCGAUUCUUCUUUUCAAGAUCGCUUGGCCUUUUCUUUAAGUCGUGAUAUCUGGUUGCUUUUGUAAAAAAAGUUAAGCUAAACGUGCGAUCGUCCGCCCACUGACCCGCUCCGCAGUGCACCGGUUGCCUUCUUUUCAGGUGAAGUCGGUCCUACCUGAUCUGUCUCAUCCACCCAGCUCCCGUCCACGUACCUUCAGGAAGCAAUAAAGGUUGACAACUCUAUCUCACGCUAGCGAGUGAUAGAGCAAUAUUGUUGUAUAAAUAAGCUGAGUGCUACCUGUGGGGAGUCGUUGUCUUAAUGUGUCAUGUGACCAUCCUACAGGGACGUGGUGUCAGGGUAUUUGGGGUGCUGCUUUACUUCUUCUACAUGGUAUAGAUCUAUGUUCAUGCAUUGCAGAGAUGACAUUUUGCUGAGUAUUUAUUUUUCCUGUCAUCACCUUGUCAAUCCAUUUGCGUAAUGUAAAAAAAAAGUCUAUUUUAAAUAUUUUAAGAAGUAUUUUGUAUUUUAGCCAUAAAGUUUUAUUUAUCCAUGCAAAUGAAAGUAUCACGUGUCAGUAGAUUCAAGUCAUAUCGAGAGUAUACUUAAUUUUCUAGCGCUUUAAUGAUUUAAAACACGUGUGAGCGGAUAGACGCCACGGCUUGCCUUCACUCCGACCGCCAGGUGUCGAGGUUGUUUGUGACAUUUCUGGUCUCAACCGUGAUUCGUGUGUCUCGUCCUCAUCUCGUCUUCCAGCUCACAUGCUCAACGCUUCUGUUGUUGGCAAAAAAAAACACGGCUAAUUGUUUUUUUGUUUUUUUGUUUUUUUUUUGUUGUGUUUACAACGUAGUCCAUGGAAAAGCAUGUAUCUUCAAAUGUUUCUUCUUUUUAUCCAAAACACAAGAAAACUGUAUUUAUCGUUUUUCCAGAUAAAAACCUCACAAAAUUGAGGAUACAUGCUUUCAUUGGACAACUCCUAUAAUAUUUGCAUUGUGUGAAUGCUGAGAAUCACUAGCUUAUUGUUAAAUAUUUGGCCUUUUCAAAAACAUAAAAAGACCAACUCAGUGAUGUCAUAAUGGCGUUGCUGCAGGAUCAUAGCAAUUACUACUCUGAGCCACUAGGGGGAAUAUUAACAUGGCAAAUUACAGUAGCACAGUCGUCCCUCACCACUUUGCGGUUCAAGUUUCGCAGCUUCACUCUGUCAUCGUUUUUCAAAAAUAUAUUAAUCAGUAAAUCAGGCUGUUUUGUGGUUGAAUACGGCCUAUUAUUAGUCGAAAAAUAUGCAUAUUGAAGCAAAUGUUACAUAUUUCUUUGCCUAAAUUAAGCAUUUUCAAGCAUAAAAAUGGCUAAACGAAGUAAAAUACAAAUAUAAGGCAUUCAGAAGAGACAUUCAAAGAUGUUACGAUGAUAUGCGGUAUUCUACACUGCUCACUAGGUGUCAGUAAUGUUACUGUAAUGUGCUGUGAGGCACACAAUCACCAGACUUGAUGCUCGGAACAACAGGCUUUUAUUGAAGGUUUGAAUUAUCUCACAACAGGCAAAUAAUCCCAAAUAAAAAUCCAUAAUAAAAAAACAGGCUACUGUUGUGGCCGUAACACCAAGCUAAAGCUUAAGUCUCAACUCAACCCUGACGUCACUUCCUGUCUGCCCGCCACUCAGCUACCCUAGGGAACACAUUUAUAUCAACACACAUGAGCACAAGUCUUAUUUUUGUCUUUAAUGGCUUAUUUCCUCUGAUUAUGUCUACUAUUUUGGGUAAUAUGAGUGUAAAGGUGACUACAGGGGUGUUAUUUCAUGUCCAGAGGGCUUUAAUAAUGUUAAAAACUUUAUUUAAGUUUUCUAUGCUCUAACUACGACAAUAUUCAAUUUCUAAAUAUGGAUCUCAUAUCCCAUAUCUCAGUUUUUGUUAUGAAUUUAUUCCAGUGUAAUUGUUUUGUAGUUUGGAACAAAACCUUAAAAGAGUUCAUUUAUUUUGGACGGUAGCAUAUUUGUAGCUUUUUGGUUAUUUGUUUGUUUUUAUAUGUUUUGUAUGAUUUUUUAAAAUUAAUCUAACUCUAACGCUUACUCCUAACCCCUAAAUCCUAACCCAAAAUAAUGUAAAUACAAUUCAUCUGUUCCAGAUACCCCAAAGUAUCAAAAAAUACAUGUUCAUGAAAAUAUAGUUUUAUAUGCGGAAAACAAUGCAAAAUAAUGAUAUAUGACGAAUUAUUGUUGAUGUACAAAAAAUGAAACAGUAUGAAAAUCAAAGUAAAAUUUUGACAAAAAUGUCCAACAAAAAACGAAUCAUACGAAAACUGGGCCGUACAAAACCGAGGUUCCACUGGAUUUUCCUAAUUGCUAUUAUUGUGCAAUUAACUAAUUGCUAUUAUUGUGCAAUUAACUAAACUAACUAAAAAGCAGUUAACAAAAAACAUGUAUACACAACAUGGUGAAAGACAAUAAAAUACAGUCAACGAAAAAAUGAUUAGACCACCCUUGUUUCUUCAGUUUCUUGUUCAUUUUAAUGCCUGAUACAACUAAACGUACCUUUGUUUGGACAAAUAUAACAAUGACAACAAAAAUAGCUCAUAAGAGUUACGUUUUUGGCAGUGCAAUGUUAUAGCUAUUCAUGUAAGAAAUUGAGUGAUUUUGGUUAUCAAGAAAACCAUGGAAGCUGAUAGAUAUCAGCUCUUAAAUGAUUUAUUAAAUGAAUUAUUUAUCAUCAUUAUAUUUGUCCAAACAAAUGUACCUUAGUUGUGCCAGGCAUUAAAAUGGAUCAAUAAACUGAAGAAACAAGGGUGGUCUAAUCAUUUUUUCCAUGAAGAAACAUUCAAGUAGUUUUCAAAGGACCAUCAAAGGAGAAUUAAGCGAUGAUGCCGAAACGUACAAAUGGUCCAAUCAGAUUUCUUUGCUGUCAUGCCUUGUACUGCUCACAGCCACUAGGGGGUAUCUUUUCCCUUUAUCAGCAUUCACACACUUUCUGGGGGGGUACUGCAGUUUUUUGUGAGUAUUGCACUAAAAGGUACAAUGCAAUGCUGGGUGUAAAAAAACAACGCAUAUUUGCAAUGAUAUAGUAUACUUUUUAAAAACAUACAGGGUUUUUAGAUAAGAGUUUUUAAAUAAACUUAUAGAAAAAAAAUAGCAUAAGUGUGCUAAAAAGUGUGUAUAAAAAGGAGUUUAGUGUUUUUUUUGCCAGCAUGGCAUUGUGACCUGUCAACAACAGACGUGUAUGACUUUGUCAUCCAUCACUGUUAUGUAGCCUUUUUACACUUGUAGCAUUUUAGCAAGGCAGAGUCGCGUCUUUUAGCAUUUCUUGUAAAUUUUCGAUGUCGCCUUAUUUAAAAAAAAAAAAGUAAAAAAUAAAACAAGCAUCCCAUCACACCGCAGCCAAAUAAACAAAACUAUACUGUUUUUUUGUUUUUUUUUCAUCCGCGCUUGUAACCCACCGGCCCUCCAGCUGGGGGCGCUGUAGCAUGGCUGUCACGUGAUCUCUCAGAGCAGGAAGUGAGGCGAUGUGAUUUUCAAAGGCCAAACAGUGAAAGUGAAACAGCCCCCGUAAUAAUUGGCAUGGCAGGUCCACAUGAACAUAGCAACAUCGUGUCAUGUGACUUUUUCUACGACAGGUGACGUGCAACAUGAAGUGAUUAUGCACACUUGUAAUAUUUUCUAUUUUCAUAUGAGAUUUAAGCUUUUUUGUACAUCUUUUUUUCUUCCUUGCAUGGAAUGCAAGCGAGAGACGAAGGGGGAAAACGUUUUUGUUUUUUUUCAUAAAGUAUAUUUGCAUUUGGUAGUUGAAAAAGGGAAAAAAAACAAGAAGAAGCAGCAGCGACGUGCAAAACAAACGUGUUUCAUAGUUUAAUUUACCAAACUAUGCCAAGUAUUUAAAAGCUAUUUUUAGAGUAAAAAAAGACAUCAUUCAUUGUUUCCUUUUAUCUUUGUAUGUAUAAAUAUGAGGAUAAUACUUCAUUGUGUUGUACAAUACUGCAGUCCCAUUCAGAAAUAAAAUCUUUGCAUGAAAACGUCUGUUGUUUGUCAUCACUUAGUCCUUUAAUUAACUUUUUGUCCCUUUUUGAAGGAUGACCUGGACCUUCCGAUUAGACUAAUUAGAGCUUGUGGUCUUCCCGGUCCAGUCGGGCCAGUGAUGGCGGCGCCAGGAUGCCACGUCGAGCUCCACUCGUGGGAUCAAAGCGUUAGAAAAGUUGGCACAUUUUGGGAACGAG